AUGCCAUUGGAGAAUUUAAGGCGUGUAACCUGUAAGAUGAGGUGGCUAAAGGCACCACCGUUUUACGUAUGGGCCAGUCUGGCGGCAUCCAGCGUCUCUAUACUCUUUGGCCUGGAUACGGGCAACAUUGGCCCUGUGACAACGAUGCCUGCCUUUCGCAAGACCUUUGGCGACUUUUCACCAACCGUUCACGGAGUAGUCGUUUCAUCUGUGCUCAUUUCCGGUGCCUUCACAGCCCUCAUCGCCGGUAUCCUAGGCCACCGCUUCGGACAGGUCCGCAUCUUCGCCAUUGGGUCUUUCAUCUACGGCGUCGGGGCAGCCAUUCAAUCUUCCGCUACUUCACUCGGUGCUUUCAUUGUUGGGCGUCUUAUUCAGGGUAUAGGCGAGGGCUUGUUUGUGAGCAAUGUGUGGGUGCAGGUUUCAGAAAUGUCCCCGACCAAAGUCAGGGGCACGUUGACAGCAUUUCCGCAGUUCACAAUUGUUGUGGGCCUGGUUUGUGGUUUCUUCAUCUGCUAUGGGACUUCACGUCUGGGCGAAUCGACAACGCUCAGCUGGCGACUUCCGCUGGUUGUCUCAGCAGCCCUUGGCUUUCUGCUAUCGGGAACGUACUGGUUUGUCCCAGCUUCUCCGCGCUGGUUGCUGGCCAGAGGUCGAUUGACCGAAGCGCGCGAGGUUCUCAUUCGCCUUGGCUUUGACGAGGUUGAGCGCGAAAAGCUGCUGGAGGAGUCCAUGACCCAAGUACAGGCCCAGAAUCCCAAUGAUGUAGCAAUUUGGCAAGAGUUCAAGCAGACCUUUGCCGGAUUCAGGGAGGCCUUCUCAGCUCCCUUCCGUGCUCGAACCAUUUUUGGCUGCUUCAUCAUGGGCAUGCAGCAGCUGGCUGGGAUUGACGGCGUCUUUUACUAUGCACCGGUUCUCUUUGAAAAGGCCGGUCUUAGUGGCGAACAGGCGUCGUUCCUGGCUUCUGGUGUUUCUGCACUGGCUAUUCUCGGAGUCACAAUCCCGGCUACCUUUCUCGCAGACAAAUGGGGACGACGAACUUCCAGUCUCUUGGGCGGUAUCCUGAUUACCACGCUUAUGCUGCUGAUGGGAUCACUGUAUGCUGCCGACAAAGUCCAUGCGGAUAGAGGAGCUGGCAAGUGGGUGGUGAUUGUGUCCAUCUACCUAUUCGCCAUAGUGUUCAACGGAACUUGGGCAAUUGGCUUCCGAAUCUUUUUGAUUGAGAGCUUGCCUAGAAAGACCAGGAGCAGCGCAUCCAGCCUUGCUCAGAGUGCCAAUUGGUUCUCGAAUUAUGUCGUCGCGCUCAUCACGCCGGUGCUCAUUUCAAAGACGACAUACGGAGCCUACUACCUCUUUGCGUUUUCUUCCCUCUUCACCACGAUCAUUGUGGCAUUGCGUAUGUUUGAAACGAGAGGACACAGCUUGGAAGAGAUUGAGCAGCGAUAUACGCAAAACAGGAGCAUCUCGACUGGUGUGUCUAUACCAAUGCUGAGGAUAAGACGAGUCCAAGCUGCGCAGUAA